GGAGGACUGUGUGAGCACGGCCGCACCCGUGGACCAGAAGGUUUUCCACCUCAGCCUCUGCUUGACCGCUCUGGCGCAGGACGCAGUGGAAAAGCUCUGCCUCCUGUUCCACGAGUGCUCCUCCGUGCUCCAGUCCAAGGAAAUGACUGAAGAAGUCCUGGCCACAGAGGAGACACAUUGAGGAGAGUGGAGCAAAGGAAAGAAGCAGGGGGAGACAUGAGCUGAGGGUGAAUGGGACACACUUUCCGCAGGCGCUGGUUCUGUUCAAAAUGGCCCUGCAGUGAGAACUUUACUAAGGAUUACUUCAGGACUUUUAAAUCAAAUUCAAACUAACAUAUUUAUUUUUUCAGAUAAAUGUAGUAUAACAUAUUUUAUGUGACAUGUCAAAAAUUAUUUUCUGUUGUCCCUGUAGUUGUAUAGCUGCAACAAUGCAGACUACACUGUGAGAUAAAUGCACUUUGAGUAUUUGAUCUGAUGUCUGCCUCCUAAACCCUCCCUCAUGUUUCCUUUGUGGUUUUUUUCCCUCGUUUCCUCUGAGAUUUGGUACACUGCUUAAUCUGGAGCAUUUGACUGACAGCUGAAAAAGGAGAGGAGAAGGAGACGAGGAAAGAGAAUUGACACGGCCUUUAUCUCAGUUGGCUUGGAAUGCCUCUGGAUCACCGCGGUAGAGCUGGAGGAAGUGUGUGGGGUGAAGGAACUUGGGUAGUUCCUGCUGUCCACACAUCCCGGCCUUGGUUAUAUAAGUGGAAGAAAAGUGAUAUUAAUUUAUUUAUUCAGAGAAAAUAGAUGACGAUUUUUGGACCAUAAAAAUACCUUUAAGGCAGUUGAAUCCCUAUUCAGUCAACAGCAUGUCUGAUCUCUCUAGUUUUAAUACCCUAUUCUUAUAGAACUGUCAGUGUGUGUGCUGUGGUGCGGGUGACUGAGGUGAGUGUUUGUGGUGCGGGUGACUGAGGUGAGUGUUUGUGGUGCGGGUGACUGAGGUGAGCGUUCAUGUUGUGGUGCAGGUGACUGAGGUGGAGGAGCUGAGGCUGAGGCUGGAGGCAGCAGAGAGACACGUCACAGCCCAGGGAGCCCCGCAGCGCAGAGUGGUGAUGAUCUGUGACACGGCCUUAAAGCGCAUGCCUUUUUUCAAGAGGUGGAAGUCCAAGAAGGAGAGGGUCCAAAGGGUCACAGCAGAGGAUGAGGAAGUGGAGGCUGCUCCUUCAGAUGUGCCGUCAGGGAGUGAGGAGGGCCCUGUCCAGGAGGGUCCGACACAGGAGGACCCUAGUGAGCACCCUAUCAAUGAGGAGGAGCCUACAGAAGAGGGGCCUACUGAGGAGGAGGGUCCUAUUGCAGAGGACAGUCACAACCAUGGCAACCAUGAGCAGGGUGAAGAGACCCUGGGGCUCUUUAAUGCUGACACAGACUACAUAACCAGACUGGUGAAGAUUGCAGUCAGGGGGGGUCCUAUGAAGGCUUCCAAGAGAUGUAGAACAGCAAGGCCCAGUGGCCCUGGCCCCUCCGAGGCCCUCAGCUGCUCUGUGUGUGAAAAGGUCUUCACCAGACAGAAAGCUUUAGAUGGGCACAUGUUGCAGCACACUGGGGAGCGGCUGCACCUCUGUGAUGUCUGUGGGAAGAGCUUUACACAGAAGCAGAGCCUGACCACGCACCAGAGGAUCCACAGCACCCUGAGACCCUUUAGCUGCCCCACCUGCGCCAAAACCUUCCACCGCAAAUACCAAAUGAGGCGUCACAUGGUCCUGCACACAGGCCAGCGCAACUACAAGUGUCAGUACUGUGACAAGGCCUUCACCAAUAACAACAACCGCAACCGUCACGAGCUGAUUCACACCGGAGAGAAGCCCUAUAAGUGCGACGUGUGCGGCCGCUGCUUCAACCAGUCUAGUUCUCUGAAGGACCACCAGCAUCGUCACUCUGGAGGCAAACAUUUUAAGUGCUAUUGCGGCAAGGCCUAUUCCCAGAAGAGCUCCCUUCGCAUGCACACCAAGACCCACAUGAAGAUCUCUCAAACCUGGGAUGGCACCAUCUCCUGUGUGGCCUGUGGUACUACUACAGAGAGCAGAGAGAGUCUGCAGGACCACCUGGGCACGCACCGCUUCCCCUGCUCCUGUGUGCUCUGUCAGCAGCCUCUGGACUCCCUGUGUGAGCUGCACAUGCACCAGCACAAGCACAGACGGCUACAGCCCAACCAUUGCCACAUCUGCAACAAGACCUUCCAGUCGUACACCUACCUCCAGGUCCACAUCCGAGGACACCGGGGAGAGAAGCCCUUCGCUUGCCUCACCUGUGGACGUAGAUUUUUACAGAAGGCUGCCCUCCAGACCCACCAGGUUGUUCACACUGGAGAGAAGCCCUUUUCCUGUCAGACGUGUGGUCACAAGUUUUCAUAUAAGGUCUCCCUGAAAGCCCAUCAGGCACUGCACACUGGAGAGCUGCCCUUCCCCUGUAAGAGCUGUGACCGGAGGUUUGCACAUCCAUACUCUCUCAGGAAACAUCAGUUGGUGCACACUGGAGACCACCCCUUCACCUGUCCGACCUGCGGGAAGAGCUUCAGUAAUCCAUCCAACCUGCAGAGGCACUGUCGCACCCACAACAGAGAGAAGCCCUACCACUGCCCCUUGUGCGGGCGCAGCUUCAGUCAGAGCUGUGCCCUGAAGGCCCAUCAGCGCACCCACAGCGGGCACAAGGCCUACGAAUGUGAGCACUGUGGAAAAAGCUUCUCCUACCAGCGCAGCCUCAGGGACCACAAGUACAAGUGUGUGUGACCACUGGUACAGGUGACCCACUAUGCCUGUUUCACUGGGGAACGUGUCUCUGUGUGUACUGUGUGUAUUGUGUAGCUGAGCUCUGCACAAGUUUUUCGUACGAGGACUUUGACAUGUAACAAUAAACAUGCCUUAUCUUCUUUUU